GACCGAAGUUCGUCGCCGCCCUCCCUCCCUCCCCCCCACCCCAUGACCGGCGAUGGCGGCGUCCGCGGGAGUCGGAGGGAAGGUUCUGGAAUACGAGACGUUCGUCAACGACGUCCUCAAGCGGGAUCUCAAGAAGGUUCUGGAACAGCGUGAUGAGGUGUACGAGAAGAUUGCCCAGUACCUGCAGCUGAAAAAUGUCAUAGAGAGACUGCAGGAAUCAGAUGAGCAGCAGCUGAAGAUGGAGGUGGACCUGGGCUGUAACUUCUAUGUACAGGCGAAGGUUCCUGAUGCCUCGAAGAUCUUCCUUCUGGUGGGUUACGGGUUCUAUGUGGAGUUCACGUUGCCUGAAGCACUACGCUUCAUCGAGAGGAAAUCGCAGCAGUUGUCUGAGGUGGCGGAAAAGCUGAGCAAGGACUCGGCCAAGAUCAAGGGCAACAUACGCAUGGUGCUCCAGGCUCUUUGUGAACUCCAGGGAAUCAAAGAUCUGCCUGAGGAAGGCCGGAGUGAAAUCUUGUGAUGAGAUGAGCUGAGGGAUGGAGAUCGCAAUGUCACUUGUCCCGACGCCAGAAAGUCCAGUGUUUGCACUGAGGAACAUGUGCAUAUCAUUCGUAACAUGUCUCUGGUUACAUAACUCUCGUUACCACACAGUGAUCUUCCCUUCAUCCUGAGCAUGAUCUGCUUCUCACCAAGUUGUGGACCUCAUUCGAUUCAAGAAACAGGAACGCAGGAUAAAAGCUCAUGUUUAUUUUCCCAAGUUGGCAGAUUUUUGGUGACCAGUAUCGCUCUUAGUUUGUGGAGAGAUUUUAAAGAGCAAACUUUACAAUCUAACUUUUCCCUGUCGUGAACUCGCUGUCACCUUUUUUAAUAACCCAUGCCCCUGCAUUGUACGAUAGGAGCUUCACUCUGUUUCACGACGGGAGUGUGUGAUGGGACGGUGUGGAGGGAGAUUCACUCUGUGUCUGACCCCGGGAGUGUGUGAUGGGAUGGUGUGGAGGGAGAUUCACUCUGUGUCUGACCCCGGGAGUGUGUGAUGGGACGGUGUGGAGGGAGAUUCACUCUGUGUCUGACCCCGGGAGUGUGUGAUGGGACGGUGUGGAGGGAGAUUCUCUCUGUGUCUGACCCCGGGAGUGUGUGAUGGGACGGUGUGGAGGGAGCUUCACUUGUGUCUGACCCUGGGAGUGUGUGAUGGGACGCUGUGGAGGGAGAUUCACUCUGUGUCUGACCCCGGGAGCGUGUGAUGGGACGGUGUGGAGGGAGAUUCUCUCUGUGUCUGACCCUGGGAGUGUGUUUUGGGACGGUGUGGAGGGAGCUUCACUCUGUCUGAUCCUAGGAGUGUUUGAUGGGAGACUAACUUGUUUUAUUUCUGUGUCUGUAGUAAGGAAAUGUAAAAUGAUAAUGACAUUUAUUUUUUGGCUUCUUUCACCUGCCCCCCCUUUUGUUUGUGUUCUCCCAGUUGGAAAUAGUUCUCUGAAAGUACGGGUGCCAUUGGGCACCACAUCCUCACAGCAACACUCAGGCAUAGACAUAGUUUCGGAGGAGUGGCAGGACCCGUGAUAGACUGCGAAUGGCCACCUUCUCCAGGCCAGGAGCAUUUGACCCCGAAGUCCCUGAUCUAAAGGGGAAAGGCUACCAUAUAGUGGGACCUCCUCUGAGGAUCCCUUUGCUGCAGAACAGAGCUCCACACUGUCCAGAUGGCAUUCUGGGUUGAGGGAGUGGAGAGUGUUGGACGCAGACCUUACAGGUAUCAGCUGUGGAACAGCAAUGGAGGCAUUUCCAGAGCAAAACUGCUUGUGUGGGAACACCUCCCCAGAAGAAUUAGGGCACCUGGGCCAAUGAAUAUUUCUGGCUGGGUCAAUGCUCUGGAAGUCAACGUUCACCAUGAACAAGGGCAUUCACCUUGCCCCUCAGCCAGAUCUCACCAACUGCAGUAAUGGCACGGGCCCUGUGUGUCGGUGGAGGAGUCGGUAUUGUCCAUGUCUCUGACCAUCAUUCACCAUUCAACAUGUUGGAUGUGUGUCGGUGGAGGAGUCGGUAUUGUCCAUGUCUCUGACCAUCAUUCACCAUUCAACAUGUUGGAUGUGUGUCGGUGGAGGAGUCGGUAUUGUCCAUGUCUCUGACCAUCAUUCACCAUUCAACAUGUUGGAUGUGUGUCGGUGGAGGAGUAGGUAUUGUCCGUGUCUCUGACCAUCAUUCACCAUUCAACAUGUUGGAUGUGUGUCGGUGGAGGAGUAGGUAUUGUCCGUGUCUCUGACCAUCAUUCACCAUUCAACAUGUUGGAUGUGUGUCGGUGGAGGAGUCGGUAUUGUCCGUGUCUCUGACCAUCAUUCACCAUUCAACAUGUUGGAUGUGUGUCGGUGGAGGAGUCGGUAUUGUCCGUGUCUGACCAACAUUCACCAUUCAACAUGUUGGAUGUGUGUCGGUGGAGGAGUCGGUAUUGUCCGUGUCUGACCAUCAUUCACCAUUCAACAUGUUGGAUGUGUGUCGGUGGAGGAGUCGGUAUUGUCCGUGUCUGACCAACAUUCACCAUUCAACAUGUUGGAUGUGUGUCGGUGGAGGAGUCGGUAUUGUCCGUGUCUGACCAUCAUUCACCAUUCAACAUGUUGGAUGUGUGUCGGUGGAGGAGUCGGUAUUGUCCAUGUCUCUGACCAUCAUUCACCAUUCAACAUGUUGGAUGUGUGUCGGUGGAGGAGUCGGUAUUGUCCGUGUCUCUGACCAUCAUUCACCAUUCAACAUGUUGGAUGUGUGUCGGUGGAGGAGUAGGUAUUGUCCGUGUCUCUGACCAUCAUUCACCAUUCAACAUGUUGGAUGUGUGUCGGUGGAGGAGUCGGUAUUGUCCAUGUCUCUGACCAUCAUUCACCAUUCAACAUGUUGGAUGUGUGUCGGUGGAGGAGUCGGUAUUGUCCGUGUCUCUGACCAUCAUUCACCAUUCAACAUGUUGGAUGUGUGUCGGUGGAGGAGUAGGUAUUGUCCGUGUCUCUGACCAUCAUUCACCAUUCAACAUGUUGGAUGUGUGUCGGUGGAGGAGUCGGUAUUGUCCGUGUCUGACCAACAUUCACCAUUCAACAUGUUGGAUGUGUGUCGGUGGAGGAGUCGGUAUUGUCCAUGUCUCUGACCAUCAUUCACCAUUCAACAUGUUGGGUGUGUGUCGGUGGAGGAGUAGGUAUUGUCCGUGUCUCUGACCAUCAUUCACCAUUCAACAUGUUGGAUGUGUGUCGGUGGAGGAGUAGGUAUUGUCCAUGUCUCUGACCAUCAUUCCUCUGGUCUGAGCAGGAAAUAUUUACUGGACUCGAAAAGUGCCAUGUAAAAAUUUUCUGCGCCGCUUUAAAUGUUUUUUAUAAACUAUCCAACACAAAUCACAACACAAGUAAACAAUAUCAGGCAGUCAAGCCAACUGGACAGGCACAAUAGCAAAGGUAAAAUGUUCUGUCUAGCUGGCAGCAGCAUUCAGCAGGCUGGCAGUUUAUUAGCAAUGAGCUACCAAUGUCCAUUCUGUGUUUUUUGUUACAGCGCUGACUAAAUAUGUUGAUGCUCUAAAGUUUCAAAGUAAAGGUUGUGGUAUGUUUAUUUAGAAAAUUUAUGGAUUAUAUUGAUUAACACAUAAUUACAGGGUAAUUCACAAUUAUAUUAACCUUAAAAGAAAAUCCCAGCUGCAUGGGAGCAUUUCAGUUAUUGUGUGGUCAUGCAGCUUCGAGGGAACAAUGCCCCUGACUCACCUCGUACCAUGGGAGUGAGAUGCCUCGUUCUGGCAGUCCAAAAUCUGAGGGGCUUCACCCAUUUCUGCCUUCACUUCCAAGUCUAAUCAGAUUGGCUGGUGUGGAGUUGAGCAGAGGUCAUGAAGCAAUAAAUUAUAUUUAUAGUCAA